UUUGCUACUUUUAGAUGGAUAUCUGUGGAUUUCUAUCCUGGUAUUAGGAGCGAUGCUUGUUUUCCAUAAACUAUCUUUAUGCAUUACAUGGUUUUUGGACUGUCUAGGUUUAGAUUUAUGGUUUCCUGAUAUGACCCUGGGAAAACUCUGAUUGGUGGUGUUCUUUGAUGGUUCGGAAGAGUUAAAUUGGGGUUUAGUUGUGAUGGAACUAUUGUAUUUGACACCAUGCAGAGCUGGAGCUAUGUAACUACUACUGCUCUAUGUUAUGUCCAAUUGUGUCCAAUCAACUACACUAGGUGGAAUGAUAUGCUUCCUUUGUAUAAAGUUGAGCUAUUACGGUUUGUACAGACUAAGUUUGUGAUCCCUCCAGAGAGCCAUGAUUGGAUAAUAAAAUCCCUGAAUCGUAAAUGGAAAGACUAUAAGGCCAAGUUAAAGAGGGAUUAUAAGAAGAAGGGUAUAACAGAGGAGGAGGUUGCUCGUACCUGUCCUCUCGAUGUGUACCCUCAUCAAUGGAUUGAGCUUGUACACUACUGGUUUUCGGAGAGAGGACAGACAUACUCUAAUAUUGGCAGAGCUGCACGAUCAUCUCAGUUGGUGCCUCACACAUCAGGUUCUAAGAGUUAUGCGAGGCUCAGAGCCGAAUUU